AUGACUGCUGGUCCAGAUUGUCAUGAGGCUGGUGUUUGGCAAAUAAAAUUUAUUAAUCAUGAUCAUACUUGCUGCAGGACUUUUAAAAAUAGAUUAAUAACUGAUAACUGGAUUGCACAUGUUUAUCUUGAUAAAAUUCUGAGGGAUCCAAAGAUGAAGCCAAGUAACAUUUUAUUUGACAUUUAUGAGAAUUUUCAAAUUAAUGUCUCAUUGAAAAAAUGUAGGAGGGGGAAGGAGAAAGCUCUAAAUGAAGUCCAAGGAUUAAUGCAAAGACAAUAUGGCUUGCUAAAACCUUACAUGAAAGAACUAAUGAGGUCAAAUGUAGGUACUACUUGUGUUCUGAAGGUAGCUGAGGGAGAGGCAGGACAACCAAGCAUAUUUCUUAGAUUUUACGUUUGUUUUGAGGCAUUGAAGAUGAGUUUCACUUUGGGGUGUAGAAGAAUAUUUGGUCUUGAUGGUUGUUUUUUGAAACAUGCUUGUGGAGGGAAAUUACUUUGUGCAGUGGGGAGGGAUGGUAAUAACCAAAUGUGGCCCAUAGCAUGGGCAGUGGUUGAGGGGGAGACAAGGAACUCAUGGCAAUGGUUCCUAAGAAUUUUGACUGUGGAUCUAAACAUGAAUGAUGGUAAUGGUUGGACAGUUAUGUCAGACCAACAAAAGGGAUUGGUUCCUGCUAUACAUGAAGUAUGGCCAGCAGUUGAGCAUAGGCAAUCUGCCAAGCUAAGGAGAAUUUCAGAGCAAGCUUAUGAAGACUUCAUGGCUAGAGACCCCAACACAUUCUGUAAGUCUCAUUUCAAAUGCCACAGUAAAUGUGAUGUUGUAGACAACAACAUGGCCGAAACAUUCAACUCUUUUAUAUUACUUGCAAGAUAUAAACCUAUAGUGUCCAUGUUAGAGGAUAUUAGAUUAUCUAUAAUGGAUAGAAUGCAAGAGAAAAAGAAACUCGUAUGUAAAUUUGUGGGGGGAGUUGCACCUAGAAUUCAUAAGAAGUUGGAGAAAGCAUAUCAGGAGCAAGUUCAUUGCCGUGCCCAUUGGAAUGGUGAUGAGAAUGAAACUGGUUUUGAGAUAAUCCAUAGAGGGCAAAGUCAUGCAGUAGAUUUGAAAAAUAUGACAUGUACAUGUAGGAAUUGGGACUUGACAGGAAUACCAUGCACACAUGCAGUCAGUGCUAUCUUACUUAUGAGAAGGAAACCUGAAAUGUACUUAUCAGAGAUGUAUUCUCAAGAAAACUAUUUGAUUGCCUAUGGAGGAAUGUUGAAUAUAUUACAAGGGAGUAAUUAUUGGGAUACAGAGGGAGAGGGAAUGGUGUUACCCCCAAAUAUUGUUAGAAGGCCAAAGGGGAGACCCAAAACUGCUAGGAGGAGAGACCCAUCUGAAGGUUCCAAGCAUCCUUCUAGGUCAUCAAGGCAGGGAUUAAUACAAAAGUGUAUCAAUUGUCACAGAACAGGGCAUAGAAGACCCAGUUGUCCUGAUGCAGCAACAAAUCCUCCCAGGCCAACACAUCAACAGGUAUUGUAA